AGUAAGCAAUAAGCAUGGUUACUAUGAAUCUACGCCGUGCUGCUAACUCCAAGGAGAAUAAAGGAGGUGGAGACAGAAAACCUGAACCGCUACUCCCUGAUGCAGAGGAUAUUUCUCAGAUAAGCAGGACCAGUUUAGAUCUUUUCCUUCCUAUACUGUCUGCUCAAUCCCUCAGCCAACAAAUAAAUGAAAUUAAAUCUCUGUUUAAGGAGCCAUUGGUUGAGAAUUAUCAAAUUCUAUCAAUAGUUCUUGUUCAAUGGAUGCUCAACACUGCUCACACCAGUCCUCUCAGGCGUGCAAUCACAGGUUGUUUAAACAAUGUGAAGGAUGUAGAACUGGAGAACUUAGUCGUAGAACAGCUCACAUUAAGAAUUAGACAGGAUUGUUUGGUAGAAGAUGAUUCUGAAAGGUUGCUGAGUGUGAAGAGUAUUGCCAAAUGCCUGGAAAAUUUCAGGUUUAGAUUCGAAACAUAUUCUUGUUUUAGGGAAGAAGAAAACUGCGAGGAACAACAUGGACAAUAAAUAAAUAAUUAAUCC